UUACUGGUGCUGGUUCUUGUGGGAUUGAAGUUGUUCAAAAGAUGAAGGAUGUGCGGUUUUUUUUUCACUAGGGUGAUGGAUAAGCUAUUCAAUUAAGCUGUCUGUUCCUUUGACUCAAUAGCUCUCAUUCACGAUUUUAACCAUCAAGAUUUCCAGGAAUGAGAAUAAUUCAUGAGUUUUUGAGUGAGGAGAUGGCUCUCAAACUAUGUAUUGUUUUAGUGUCAAGUUGUCAGCAUUGAAGUGAUAUAUUGAAGCUUUAUGACUCUAGAAGAAGGCAUUUUUGAGAAGUGUCAUGAAAAAAAUAGCCUAAUAGAGGUGUGGUCGCGGCUUGGAAAACAAAACAGCGAGAAAGCUACAUUAGACAUGCCCUAAAUGUCAUAUCUUGCUGGUGUUUAUCACCAUCAGCGCAAACUCUUCAUUAGCUGAGUUUACUAGCUCUACAAGGAUGGAAAUAUAUGAAUCAAAAAACCAUAAUGGUUUGUGGGGAGAUUCUCUUAAAGCUGAUAGCAGUCAGAAUACAUGUCUAUCCACAAUUGUAGAAGCUGAUGAUAGAAAAAAAAAUAGGUCAAAGGAUGCUCCUCGAGAUACUGUUGGCACCGCCAGGUUUUACGACCAGGAAGCAAACAAAUCUUCGGACAAGGUUUUAAGACGCCUUGCACAAAAUCGAGAGGCAGCUCGGAAAAGUCGCCUUCGAAAAAAGGCUUACGUUCAACAACUAGAAAGCAGUCGUAUAAAACUUGCUCAAGUAGAACAGGAGCUUGAAACAACUAAACAACAGGGUCUGUACGUUGGUAGGCAUAUGGGAGAUUCUAGCCCGUUUGGGACAAUUAAUCCAGGAGUGGCUGCUUUUGAGAUGGAAUAUGGGCAUUGGGUUGAAGAACAAAAUAGACAGAUUUGUGAACUUAGGGCUGUCCUACAAACACAUGUAUCUGAAAUAGAACUUCGGAUGCUUGUAGAAAGUGGAAUGAACCAUUAUUAUGAUCUCUUCCGUAUAAAAGCAAUUGCUGCAAAAUCUGAUGUUUUCUAUCUAAUGUCUGGCUUGUGGAGGACAGCAUCAGAGCGCUUUUUUCUCUGGAUUGGAGGAUUUCGUCCUUCAGAACUUUUAAAGGUUCUAACCCCACAGUUUGACCCUUUAACGGAGCAGCAGGUAGUUGCUGUGUGUAACCUGCAGCAAUCAUCUCAGCAAGCUGAAGAUGCCCUUUCACAAGGAUUGGAUAAGCUUCAACAAACGCUUGCUGAGAUACUGACAAGAGAACCGCUGGGUUCUUCCGGUACAGAGAAUUAUAUGGAGAAUUAUAUGGGGCAAAUGGCAAAUGCGAUGGGUCAGUUGGAUGCCCUAAUAGGCUUUGUGAACCAGGCUGAUCAUCUGAGACAACAGACCAUGCAGCAAAUGUACAAGAUUCUGACCACUCGACAGGUCGCUCGCGGAUUGCUCGCAUUGGGCGAUUAUUUCCAACGGCUCCGGGCAUUGAGCUUGCUAUGGGAAGCUCGGCCUUGCGAGCCAGCUUAGUUAUAAACCAAAUGUUGAUGUUGAAGGAAUGUUAGAUUAGGCACUUGUAAAUAGGAAGGUUAAUUAUAUUGUUAUGAUGUUGUAAAUUAGUGACAAAAUUGUUUUUAUUUUUUGUUUAGAUGAUAUUUGCAGAUUGGAUCAGCUGUA